CUCCUACCACGACACGUCGCCCACUCAUUCGACGUGCGGACGUCAGCACUGUGUAUAUAUGUGGAAAACUAAGGGGACAGUCCGUGAUAUGAGCCUUUGACAGUCUUCCCCGAGGUAGUAUAGUCAGGAGGUGUACGAGGUGGCAGCGAGAAUACGUCCGAGAUCGCACGCGAGAUAAAACGACCAGGCAAAUGGACGGCGCACGUCGCGGUAUCAUCCUCGCGCUCGCCUGCGCCGCAAUUGGCGCCCUGGUGAACGGCUACGCGCUGAACGUCGCCGAGCAGCCGCGGGACGGUGACUAUGUCACCACGUCUUACACGAAUUAUGAGGACUUGCGACGACUGUUCAACUCGCUGGAGCAACGGUAUCCGCACCUGGCGCGAGUCAUCUCCAUCGGGAAGUCGGUGGAGGGUCGGGACCUGCUAGUCCUCGAGAUCUCGGAGAACGUCGGGCACCGCAAACUCGGUGAGCCCAUGGUCAAGCUCGUUGCCAACAUGCACGGCGACGAGUCCGUGGGCAGGCAAUUGCUCAUCAUUCUCGGUCAAUAUCUUCUCGAUCGUUAUGGCAAAGACGAUCGCAUCACCCGGCUGGUGAACGAAACGGACAUCUAUCUGAUGCCUUCCAUGAAUCCGGACGGUUUUGAAAAUUCAGUGGAGGGUAAGUGCGACUCCAAGGAUGAUUUCUCAGGCAGAGAAAAUGCCAAUCAUGUCGACUUGAAUCGGGACUUCCCUGAUCAGUUUGACAGAAGACUCAGCCAACUCAGGAAGGGCAUUUCCAUUCUGAAUGGUCGGCAGAAAGAAACAGUGGCCAUGAUGACUUGGAUCGCCAAUGAGCCCUUUGUGCUCUCUGGCAAUCUUCACGGUGGUGCUGUAGUUGCCAGCUAUCCAUAUGAUUCUGGUAUCCCAAAAACAUGCUGCAUAGAGAGUAAAAGUCCGGAUGACGACUUAUUCAAAUAUCUCGCCCAUGUUUACGCGGACAAUCAUCCACAAAUGCGCAGAGGUGACGCUUGUCCACCAGAGAUAUUCCCACAAGGCGUUACAAAUGGAGCAUAUUGGUAUGAAGUAAUUGGUGGAAUGCAGGACUACAAUUAUGCCCGCUCCAAUGCAUUUGAUAUAACGUUCGAGCUGAGUUGCUGUAAAUAUCCACCUGGUUCAAUGAUACCAGAUCAAUGGUUACUAAAUAAAGAAUCUCUGAUUAAAUAUUUGGAACAAGCGCAUAUUGGAAUAAAAGGUUUUGUACGCGAUAAAGAUGGUAAACCGAUCGAAAAAGCAAAUGUUGUUGUGGAAGGAAUAAAUCAUAAUGUAACAACUACGGCCAAUGGCGAGUAUUGGCGCUUACUGCUUCCAGGAACCUAUUCGGUUUAUGCCAUCGCGUGGGGAUACGAACCCAGCGAUCCAAUAAGUGUAACUGUAUUAGAAGGUGCACCGACCCAACUUAACUUUACAUUAAGCAACAAAGAAUUUGAAGAACAAGGAGAAGAUACAGUGCUCGAGGUGGUAAAACCAGUCAACGAGUACGGUUUUUACCACACCGUGGAGUUCAAGCAUCACAACUACGUUUCGAUGGAGAGAGAUCUGAAGGAGCUGAGCACGAGUUAUCCCAAUAUCACGAGACUCUACAGCAUAGGGUCUUCCGUGCAGGGCCGUGAACUGUACGUUAUCGAGAUCACGAAGAAUCCUGGCGUUCACAGUCCCGACAAACCGGAGAUGAAGUACGUUGGGAAUAUGCAUGGAAACGAAGUAGUCGGCAGGGAAAUGCUGUUGUUAUUAGUGAGAUAUCUGUGCGAGAACUACGGCACCGACGAGAGAGUUACGAGGAUAGUGGAGACCGUCAGGCUUCACGUGAUGCCAAGCAUGAACCCUGACGGGUAUGAGAUCUCCAAGGAAGGCGACGUCUAUGGGGUAAAAGGCAGAGCAAAUGCAAAGGGUGUAGACCUCAACAGAAACUUUCCUGAUCAUUAUGAAGUCAACGAUUUAAAUCGACAUCAGGAACCCGAGACCAAGGCGGUGAUGAAUUGGAUAGCGAGAAUCCCGUUUGUACUCUCCGCUAAUCUUCACGGAGGUGCGUUAGUCGCGAAUUAUCCUUAUGACGAUGGACCAGAGAACCUGGCGACUAACGUCGCGAAUCCAAGCCCUGACAACGACGUCUUCCGGAUGCUGGCGUUGACAUACUCCAACGCUCAUCCUCACAUGCACCUCGGUCAGCCGUGUCCGCCGAUAUUUAACGGUCACGGUUCAAAGACGGUCCUUGAGGAAAGUUUCCCGGAAGGUAUAACGAACGGCGCCGCCUGGUACUCCGUGCCUGGCGGUAUGCAGGAUUAUAAUUACCUGCACAGCAACGACUUCGAGAUCACCUUGGAAAUCGGAUGUACGAAGUAUCCGAACGCCACCGACUUGCCGAAUUAUUGGUUGGAAAACAGGGAACCCCUUCUGCGUUUUAUCGAAAUGUCUCGAAAAGGUAUACAUGGCAUGAUCACUUCGUCCAUCGGCACUCCUAUACCCCAUGCGAAGAUCUCGGUUGAGGGCAUAAAGCACGAUAUUUAUUCUGCCGAGAGGGGCGAUUAUUGGCGAUUACUGGUACCAGGACGAUAUAACGUAACUGUCAGCGCGGUGGGAUAUGAAACACUCACGCAGAAAGUCGUCGUACCAUCGUACGUUGCCGAAAAUGCCGGGGAUGGAGAAGUAAUUCUGGACUUUACGUUAAUGCGUGACGAUCCUCUGCAUUGGUCAUCCGCAUAUGAUUUUGGACUAAGAGUAAAUUUACAGAAUGGUUAUUUAAAACAUCCUGACUUGAGCGCUAGACUCAGUCAGUUGGAAACUCAUCAACCUGACACCGCAGAAUUCAUAGCCGGUGAUUCGUUGAUCAGUAUGGCCUUUCAUUCAUUGAAAAUCACUCAUAAUAUGGGAUCACCCGAUGAAAAUAAAUUUCGCAUUGGAUUUGUGGGAGGACUGUUUGCUUCCCAGCCGGCGGGUAGGGAAAUUCUACUACGUUUAGCGAUGCAUAUCCUUAAGGGAAAUCAAAUUGGUGACCCGCCUAUCCAGAGACUACUGGAUAAUGUUAUGCUGCACUUUAUUCCUGGCGUCGAUCCAGGAUUUGAUAACAUAAAAGAGAGUGAGGAUUGCAAUCCCGUAGUCAAGGAUGAAGUAGGAGAGAAGCUGUUGUCAGACAACACUGAUACAUCUCAACAAAUAGACAGAGUUGCGGAUGCGUUUAAGAAAUUGUUACAGACUGAAAAUUACGAUGCCAUUGUGAUAUUGGGCGGUGGUGCUUCACACAUCAGUUAUUCAAAUGACGAUCUGAACACAUUUAAAACGCUCGCUGACGCUUACGAGUAUUCGAGACACAACGAGAUAUGCAGUCAGUCGAACAAUAAUACUCAACGUUUGACGAAUUUCAUACAGCACAUUUACGGCACGCCAGUAAUGAGCAUAAGUCUGUCGUGUUGCAAGUACCCACCCGCCGACUCUAUUCCCAUCAUUUGGCGCGAGAAUCUUCAACCGCUUAUGGAACUUGUGGUGAGUCUCGCGAGCGGGAUCCGCGCGACGAUAACGGAUCAACAAGGCGCUCCGCUUCGACAAGCCACCGUCAAGAUCGGAGGAAGAAGCUACGGCGUGUCACCCAACAUGGCUUACUUCAAAAUGAUAUUGGCACCCGGCAAAUACACGUUAACGAUUUCCUGCGAGGGAUACGUCACGCAGGUGUUGAAAGUUCCUGUGCAACGACAAGGCAUAACGAACAUUGAUGUCAAGAUGUUACAGAAGAACACGACGCUCGACGAUCAACGCGAGAAAUCAUCCAAGAAGCUACGCUUCAACCGCGCUUUGAUCGACCUGAACGCGAAAUAUCCGCAGCAGACGACUCUUCAUACCAUCGGAAAAACCGCGGAGGGUAGUGAAAUAAUGUGUUUAAAGAUUAGCUCUAAUAACAACCUAAAACAGACGGGGCGACCCGCCAUCGUUUUCUCGGCCGGCAUCUUACGGUCGGAACCAGUGACCGCCGAAGUACUCUUGCAUUUCGCCUCGUACCUCUUGGAUAAUUAUAAACAAGACGCUAUAAUCGCGAGUUACGUAGAUGAUUUCUCCAUAUACGUGGCCCCGGAAUUCUCGUACGAUCCCAACGAGAAUCUCACCAUUUGCUCGCCGCAGCUAGAAGGCUUGCAAUUUCCGAUUCACGAGAAGCUGCAUGGGGAAGCGGCCACGAUCGCGACCUGGCUUAAAAAUAUGAACGCUGUGCUAGCCGUGAAUCUCAACAGCGGCUCGCGACAUAUCGAAAUCCCGUUCGGUCGCGAUUAUGGUAAGAUACAUGAUCGGAAGUACGAAAGCGACGAUGAAGAUGUACUGCGACACUUGGCGUCGGUGUACGCCGACGCGAGGGCGGACGUGCUGUCCCCGAGUACGACAUGUGAACGGAGUUCUAACAUCGGCGACAAUAGUGUGAUACACGCGGCGAUGGGAAUUGGUGGAAAAAGAGGUCAUUCCUUGAUAGAUUACGCCUACUUCAACACGAGCACCUUGAUGAUGGACGUGUAUGUCACUUGCUGCACCACCGAUAAUUCAAUCGUCGUGUGGCAGGAGAACAAAGCUAGCCUAUUAGCCUGUAUAGAGGAGAUGAAGAAAGGCGUGAGAGGAUAUAUCACCAACGAGGAGGACGAACCGAUUGAGGACGUUGUUUUAUCUUACGAUAGAUCACCACAUUCGAUUAAAAAUGGUAGGUCGGGUUUCUACUCGGUCUUAUUAUCGCCCGGGAAUCACAAUAUAACGGCCAGGGUGUCCGGAUAUCAUGCGGAAACCAAACUCAUCUCCACGCUCUCGUUUGAAGCAAAGAGAUCUUUAAGAUUGAUGUUCAAGCUCGUCCGCGACGACAGUGUCAUGGGAAUGCCUAGACUAGUAUUUAUUAUGAUAACUGGUAUAGUAUGUUUCGUCAGCGUGUUGUGCUGCAUGUGUAUUUACGCAAAGUGUCGAUCUUCGGAAGAGUAUUCGGAGCAAAACAGAAAGGGAUACGCGUUCAGUUUGCUGAAAGACGGCAGUAGCUUAUUCGACGACGAUGAGAAGGAAAUUGAGAUAUUUCGAAGACCGCAAUUGUAUCAAGACGGAUAUCCGUCAAACGACAACGAAGUUACCAGGCCAUAUUUCGAUGACGACAAUAGUUCCGAAGACGGCAGCGACUUGGAAUUUAUUCGACCCGAACCGGAAUGGAUGGAUACAAUACCGAGGCAGACGUGAUAGUGAAUGUUUUUGUAUGAUAUACAAAGCCGAUAUACGACUGCAAAAUGCACGCUGUAAAUUUAGUGGAUUUUGUAUAAUUUAAGCAACUCUCCGGCGAGAGAGGAGCAAUAUUUGAGAGAUAGAAGCAAUUUUAAAGUACUGAAAUUUACAAAAGUGAGAAUUAGGGUCCAAGUUUGGAACAUGUACUUAUAUUUUUGCUGCAUUUUUUUUAGAAGAGAUCUCGUUAUAUUCUAAUGAUAUUUUCUAAUCAUUUUUGUAAAUGUAUCGUGUUAAAGUUGAAGGAGCAGUUGUAGAACAUUAUGUAAGAAAUUUUAUAUAAAUAUGUAAACGUUAGAAAAUUA